AGCAUCGCUCGGCUGUUUUUGGAGAUAUUCGGCACAUUGGGUGGAAAUCGAUGACAGCUGCUGGUGAGCUGGAGAAAGCUUGAGCGUCUUUGACGAUGGGUUCAAUUACCUCUCCAGGCGAAGAGGAGUACCAAACGGGCGGCUUGCAAGACUGCCCGCCGCCAAAACCCUCCAUCCAGCCGUUUGCAGGUCGAAUCGGUGGUAAUCAGGGACUUGUUCUGGAUCGCUCCUGUCCUGAAAAUGAAGAACUGCUGAAGAGGGUGCCCGAUGCGGCGCCCUUGAUGACCUUCCAGCAGCGCUUUGAGAUAGCUGGCUUUUAUGAUCUGGAUCUCUGGAAAUUCGGCUUGAUUGAAUGCAUAGGUUCUCUGUUAUUUGUCUUCUUAUCGUCCUGGAUCGGGAUUCGACGACCGGUUACGAUCAACGCCAACACAUCGUCUGGAAUCUUUUCAACAGCCGCAUUCCUCGGUCCGCUCGUUGGCGGACUGAGCAACUGGCUAUUCUUGACGGUAUUUAUCUUUGCCUUCGCCAACGCGAGUGGCAGUCACCUCAACCCAACGAUUACGGUGGCUACCUUUUUUGGCGGUCUGAUUACAUUUCCCCGAAUGGUUAUAUAUCUACUGGGCCAAACAUUGGGGGGCGCGGUGGCGGGUUUCAUGCUGCGAACUGGGUAUGGGUCGAGGGACUUCACCGUAGGAGGGUGUUGGAUUGACACCAGUCAGGUGCCAGUCAAUGAGGCAUUUAUGUUAGAGUUCACAUUCAGUCUGGCUCUGAUCUUUCUCGCCUUUGGUGUGGGGUUGGACCCGCGACAAGGCCAGAUCUACGGCCCUGCUCUGUCGGCAUUCCUGGUUGGGCUCGUCUUGUGCCUAUUGACUUGGGGGUCGUCGUUUACAAGGGACGGGUAUGCCGGAGCUUCAAUGAACGCGUCUCGAUGUUUCGGGGUGUACACAGCAACAACUUUUCCGGGAUAUCACUGGAUCCAUUGGGUUGGCCCGAUUGUUGCAUCGAUGGCUCACGGGGUUGUUUAUGCCAUCGUACCUCCCUGGGGGGGUUAGCAGUAAAUAGAUAUAUAAGAAGGGGUAUAACUUAU